CCCUUCCUGACUUCGCUUGCCUCACAAGCAGGGCAACUGACCGCCUUGGGGAGCGGGACAGCACUGAGGACGCCCUGGAGGUCUGGGCAGAGGCCACAGCGCCCUGACCCCAGGGACCGGGAGACCACGCGCCGGGGAACUGCGGAGCCGCCCGGGCGUGUAGCUUUCAGCCGGCGCCAUGGAGAGGAACCUGAAGAACGUCCUCGUGGUCUCCUUCGGGUUUCUGCUGCUCUUCACUGCCUAUGGAGGGCUGCAGAGCCUGCAGAGCAGCCUGUACAGCGAGGAGGGCCUGGGCGUGGCGGCGCUCAGCACGCUCUACGGCGGCAUGCUGCUGUCCUCCAUGUUCCUGCCGCCCGUCCUCAUCGGGAAGCUCGGCUGCAAGUGGACCCUUGUGCUCGCCAUGUGCUGCUACGUGGCCUUCUCCCUGGGCAACUUCUACGCCAGCUGGUACACUCUGAUCCCCACCUCCGUCCUGGUGGGGCUGGGAGCCGCCGCCCUGUGGUCUGCACAGGGCACCUACCUCACCAUCGUGGGGAACAUGCAGGCGCAGAAGACGGGACAAGCCGGCAGAGACGUGGUCAGCCAGUACUUCGGCAUCUUCUUCCUCAUAUUCCAGUCGUCUGGCGUGUGGGGCAACCUGAUCUCGUCUCUCGUGUUCGGCCAGACGCCCACUCAAGGGACCGUCCCAGAGGAGCAGCUGCAGGCCUGCGGGGCCAGCGACUGCCUGAUGGCUGUGGCGUCCACCAACAGCACGAAGCGGCCCUCCCAGGACCUCAUCUACACGCUCAUGGGCAUCUACACGGGGUGCGGUUUCCUGGCCGUCCUGCUCACGGCCGUGUUUCUAGAACCUGUAAGAGAUGCUCAGCCGGAAGGUGAGGGCGAGAAGCAGGCGCCCCCUUUCUGGUCCACUUUGCUGUCGACGUUUAAGCUGCUCAGAGACAAGCGCCUGCGUCUCCUGAUCCUGCUGCCGAUGCUCAGCGGGUUCGAGCAAGCCUUCCUGUCGGGCGACUACACGCGGUCCUACACCACCUGCGCCCUGGGGAUCCAGUUCGUGGGCUACGUGAUGAUCUGCUUCGGGGCCGUCAAUGCCCUGUGCUCCGUGCUCUUCGGGAGGCUGGCCCGGUACACCGGCAGGACCGUGCUCUUCGCGCUGGGGGCCGUGACCCAGCUGGCCUGCAUCAUUGCCCUCCUGCUGUGGAAGCCGCACCCCAGCCAGCUGCCCGUGUUCUUCGUGUUCCCCGGCCUCUGGGGCAUGGCCGACGCGGUCUGGCAGACACAGAACAACGCUCUCUUCGGGGUUCUGUUUGAGAAGAACAAGGAGGCCGCCUUCGCCAGCUACCGCCUCUGGGAGGCCCUGGGCUUCGUCAUCGCCUUCGGAUACAGCACGUUCCUGUGCGUCCGCGUCAAGCUCUACGCCCUCCUGGGCGUCUUGAGCGCCGCCACGGCCGCCUACGGGGCCGUCGAGCGCCUGGAGUCCGCGCAGGCCGCGGAGCGGACAAAACCCGCCGAGGAGCGGGUGACGCAGACGAAACCGUGACGCGGGGACCCGCGGUGGCUGAGCCCGGCGCGGGCCCUGAGUGGGCCCGGACCCCAAGGCCCGCGGAGGCUGCCGCUGACUUCCCGGCGGCUUCACUGUUACGUGGCGUGGUCUCUGUUUUAUCAGGUUCUUCAGUCCGCCAUCUCAUCACGGAGGUGCAGAGUGUACGUGGCGGAAUCAGUUCAUUUCAGAUACAAAAGAAAUAAACUCAGGGUACCACCAGCCACUAGGGACUUGCCUAGAGUCAUGGGCCAAUAGCCUAGGCUUGUUUGGGGGUGGCUGUUAAGAACUAGAAAGUUGCUGAAAAGACGCAGCCCCACGCCAGCACUUCGCAGAUGGGCAAACUGACGUCCCGGCAAGUCAGUGACUGCCUCCUAGAGUCAGCGAGGGACAAAGCCAGACUAGGCUCUCUGUGUCUUGAAGCCUUGGGGUAUGAGUUUCUGAAUAAAUCCAGUUAUAUUAC